UACUGACUGGUAUUCAAGGAAUGCACAAACCGGUAAUCGGUAUAUUUAAUUCAUUUAAUUUGAACCGGCACACCGAAAACCGGAAUGACAAAACAGGAAAGGAAACAUGGCGCCGUACGAUGUUAAUCUAACCUGGCAGGAAGUUAGAGACAUAUUCCGGACAUGGAGAGAAGAGAAGGAGCGGAGAUCUCGAGAGGUCGUCGAUAUGUGGCUUCUAACACUGAAGCCGAUGGCUCACAAACUAGGAGACGAACGAUUUUUGGUUUUGGAGCAAGUAUGCCUGGCUGCCUUGGACUGUCACAACUUGGAAGUGGCAGACGCCUGUAUGAUCACAAUUGGCCGUGCAUUCCCCAAGAGCCUACGAGCUCACAGGCUACUGGCGAUGCGGUGUGAAGCUGUCGGUGACAAGGAAAACGCUAUUUUCCAUCUUGAAUACAUUUUGAACGAAGACAAGACAAAUGUGGCUGCAAGAAAGAGACUAAUUGCAAUGCACAAGAGCGUUGGAAACACGACUAAAGCAAUCUCCGAGUUGAACGAAUAUCUGAAGAGUUUCAUGAGUGACCAAGAGGCCUGGCAAGAACUGUGUGAUUUGUACCUGCUGCACCACGAAUUUAGCCGGGCUGCAUUUUGCAUGGAAGAGCUCUUGCUUAGCUCGCCACACAACCACCUGUAUCACGAAAGAUUCGCUGAAAUUAAAUAUACGCAGGGUGGAGCAGACAACAUGGAACUAGCCAAAGCCCAUUUCUGCCAGGCUGCUAAGCUGAACCCAAACAAUUUGCGAGCGCUCUUUGGUGUCUUGCAGAGCGCGAACAAUUUGGCCCAGUCUGCGAAAGUGCCGAGCAAGAAGAAAGAAUAUGUGAAGCUGUCAGCAUGGGCUUCCAAGCAUAUCCAAGACCUAUACCAAGUGGCAGGAGAGAAUCCAGCCUCUGCAAUUGAAUCUAUGUUUGGCCAAAUGCAGCUUACUAGUCCUUAAACAGGCCCAACAUUACCGCAUUAUUGAGAAUUGUAAAUCAUGAUUAUGUUCAUGUUUGUGUUCUCUAAUCUGUUAACUAUUCACAUAAUCCAUUAUAUUGUUGUAUCCCAAUCAUUAUGUGUUGUUAAAUUAUGCAUUCCUCUUAUUCUUUGUCUGCAAUUUGAAAAUAUUUAAAAUUUACUCUGUGCGCCUGCCCUGAGCAAAAUAAAUUUUCAAUCGAAAUCAUAAUAUUUA